GCGACUCCUCGAAAAGCCAGAUCUGAAACCUCUCUCAGAAAAGCACGCCAGUCGUCACCCUUGCACUCCUUCAACUCCGAUCUCUGACUUUCAUCCUCUCGUUACCGUUCCUGAUAUCAGCUCAGAUUCAUUUACUGUCCAGCAAUACCUUCCAGCAGUACGGAAAACAGGCACCUCCGUCGUAUAAACACAAAACAUGGUUACCAACAGCGCGCUCCCAACCCUUCCUGGCGGGUUCAAUUAUCCACCUCCUACCGUUCCUCCAAAGGCCGGCGCCCCUUACCUGGCCAGUUCCAAACUCCCAGAAAACUUCGUCUUUAUCGUCGUCGGCGCCGCUUUGGGCUUUGUUGCCCUCCUCAUCAUUGGCUGGCGAAUUCUUAUGUCCUGGUCUAUAAACCGCAGCUUUAGACGCGACACCAGCAGCGGUGCUGCAAGCGGCGUCGCUUACACACCACUCGCAGACAUUAAAAAGAACCCAGCAGUACAGUCCUCACACGAUAUGGCGGAUUUGAGCAAACUGCCACGGUCUUUCUCAAGUGUACCAUCGCUGUUUUUCUCACCUACGGCCGAGGUAGCGAAACAGAGCCAACGACCUACGAGCAGUCAACACACACAUCUACCAGCAGGACAUUACCGCGAUGCCUCGGAUUCAUAUCGGCGAUGAUUCUCAAAAAAUAAAAAUCUAAGCAUGAAUAUCCGUGCUCUUUUGGUUUAAAAUCAAGACGGUGCUAGAGCUGCGACUUGGAACGAGGCGGACAAAGAUGGGCGAUUCUGCACCCCCGUUCGAGGCGCACAUUGACGGUGGAGGGUGGGCCGAACACCCAUUCUGGGUGACUGAAAAGCGUGACCGAGAACCAUCGAGCGUUCUUGAAAGUGAGGUAGCGCCCUUAAAGCCUUCUGCGCCCUUGAAUUGUUCGCGACAGAUCAUUCAAUUAGGAGGUGCCAGACCCGACUGGAUUCAAAGAUCGAUGAAGCCAAGCCUCAACCGGGCUGUCCGCAAGGCUGGCCAUCAAUGCCGCUGUCGACGGUCGUCGCUUACGGACAUUCUUCGUGCUGCACGAGCUACCAUAAAUCAGGCCCCAACUGCACCGCAACGGCCUUAAUACUGGGAUUGGAUUAUUCGGGCAUUUGGUAAUUUAGCGUGGCGUUCUUCAGUGGGAAGGGGCUCGGUUGGGUGAACUUUGAAUCGUCAUCAAGACAAAGCUGUUUUGGUAUUGAGUAUAAUGACAUCCAGAUGUCGUGGUCGUCCAUAUCGUGUUAGAUGUAUUCUGACCCUCA